UCGGCUCGGCGCGGGGACUGGGUGGCGCGCGGCGCCCUGCGCGGGCCCGGCCCGGCCGGCGGCUCCCGGCCAUAGGGGCGCGGGGCCUGACGAAAGCGGAACUGGCGGCGCCCAUACAAAGCGGAGCGGCGCGCGCCGGGCAGCGCCUGCCGAGCCAGAGCCGGGGCCGGAGCCGCGGGGCCGCCGCUCCCACAGCGCAGCAGGCGGGCGGCGGCGCCGGCUCCCUCGGGCCAUGGCCGGCUACCCCGAGCCCGACGAGGCGCCCGCGGCGCUGCUGGCCCACGACGGCGGCGGCGGCGGCAAGGAGGCCGAGCGCGCCAAGGAGGAGCCGGGCUCCGACAAGGGCGCCGACAAGCCGGACCCGUCGCAGAAGCCGCCCUACUCGUACGUGGCGCUGAUCGCCAUGGCCAUCCGCGAGAGCGCCGAGAAGCGGCUCACGCUGUCGGGCAUCUACCAGUACAUCAUCAGCAAGUUCCCCUUCUACGAGAAGAACAAGAAGGGCUGGCAGAACAGCAUCCGCCACAACCUCAGCCUCAACGAGUGCUUCAUCAAGGUGCCCCGCGAGGGCGGCGGCGAGCGCAAGGGCAACUACUGGACGCUGGACCCCGCCUGCGAGGACAUGUUCGAGAAAGGCAACUACCGGCGGCGGCGGCGCAUGAAGCGGCCCUUCCGACCGCCCCCCGCGCACUUCCAGCCGGGCAAGGGCCUCUUCGGCGGCGACGGCUACGGCUACCUGUCCCCGCCCAAGUACCUGCAGUCCGGCUUCAUGAACAACUCGUGGGGCCUGGCGCAGCCGCCCGCGCCCGUGCCCUACGCCUCCUGCCAGAUGAGCGGCGGCAGCGUGAGCCCCGUCAAUGUGAAGGGCCUGUCGGGCCCGGCCUCGUACGGGCCGUACUCGCGGGUGCAGGGCAUGGCGCUGCCCGGCGUGGUGAACUCCUACAACGGCGUGGGCCACCCGCACCACCCGCACGCGCACCACCCGCACGCGCAGCAGCUCGGCCCGGCCAGCCCCGCGCCCCCCGCGCCGCCGGCCGCCAACGGAGCCGGCCUGCAGUUCGCCUGCGCCCGCCAGCCCGCCGAGCUCUCCAUGAUGCACUGCUCCUACUGGGAGCACGACAGCAAGCACGGCGCCUUGCACUCCCGGAUAGACAUCUAGGGCCCCCGCCGGCCCCACUGCCGCUGCCCGGGCAGCCCGCGCCGUCGCGGCCCGCCGGCUUUCGGACUCGAGCCGCGCGGAGGCAGCGCCCGGCCCGCGCCAGCCUCGCCGCUCAGUGCGGGGAGAGGCCGCCCGCGGGCCCGGCGAGGAUUGCGCUGCGGGCGCCGGGGCUGGCGGGGCCGGGCCGGGCCGGGCCGGGCCAGGCUGUGCUGCGCGGGCCUCUCCCGGCCACCGGCUCCGGAGGGGGAAGAAACCAAAGGAGCCCCCCAGGGUAACGUGCGAAAUGCGUCGGCAGCCAGAGAUAUAUUUUUGAACGGAGCGAGUGCCCCGGGAGGCCUUUCGAGUAAUUUUAUACCGGUCUAAAAUAAUAUUUGAUGUUAAAAGGAAAAAAAAAAAAGACGGUUUCCUAUAAGAAUUGGAAGGAGGUUUUUUGUUUUGUUUUGUUUUUUUCCCGUGCGCAUAUUAUUAUUAAAUAAAAGCUAAAAUUUAUCUUUUUUUUAUUAUUAUUAUUAUUUUUUAUUUUUACCAAAAACCUCUUGGCCCAAAAUGGACUGUCUCGGUAGGUUUUGCUUCAACCUUUUUUCUCGCGGAGUUUUGAUUCUCUGAGUUGAAAUAGAUUAAUGUGAAAGAAAAAAAAAAACCCACAUCGGCGUUUCUAAAUACUGGGGCCAGUUCAUAGCGAUUUUCUAAAUGUUUCUGUACGCUGAUAGAUGUUGGGCAUAGCACCAUUUUGGGACCAACUUUUCUAGAGUAACUAGCACUUUUAUUGUAUUUUUAGCAUUGUAAAGUCUUCAAUAAAAUGUCUCUCUUUCUUUUAA